AUGGCAGCGGCAGUCACGGCAGGAUCGAGUGUGUCUUACACGACACCUACUAUAGUCAACCAUUCCUGUACCUUCGUGCUUCUCGACGAUGAAUGUGACCUGACCAUUCUCCUCUCUACUAUCAUGUUCUUCACCACCCUGUUUAACAUCGUAUUCGGGGUCAUCGCCAACUUUCUCGUGAUCGGCGUGAUUCUCGCGUCUCGCGAGAUGUGGACAAUCCCGAGCAUCUACAUUACGAAUCUUGCAAUCUCGGAUGUGAUGGCGCUGUUGUUUGUAGCAGGGUCGAAUUGUUAUGAGUAUUACAUCGGAGCAUUCCAAGUAGAGGAGUACCAAAGCACACAGACUUUCGUAUUCUACAUGGAGUUGGUGACUGUUAUGGCAACAGUUGCAAUGAUGAUCGCCCUCACCGUUGACAGGUUCUUCGCUAUCGUCUACCCCUUGCGAUCCCAGAAGUAUCGUACUAAGAAUCGUGCUAUCAAAAUCUGUGUUGCCGUCUGGAUUUUUUCGUUCUGUUUUGGAGGCACUUAUUUCGGUGCUCCCAUCGAAAGUAAAAAUCUGGAAGCUUGGAAGGAACCUAAUGCCAAAUAUCUGAUCUCAUUGGGAGCUGUCUUCACGUACAUCAUCCCUCUUCUCAUCAUCUUCGGUUGUUACACGGCGAUUAUGCGCACCAUCUGGAAGAAUCGUAUUUCUGACGAGCGAGCAUCGGACCAAACGCGAAAGAGACGGAAUAAACAGAAACACGCAGUGUUACGCGCAUCCAUGCUCGUGGUCGUUCUAUUUGCUGUCAUCCAAGGAUUCUACAUCGCAACUUUCUUGUGGAUUGCAUUUGGCGGAUCUCUCUUAGUGGACCCAUCCCUCGUCAUCAUCGUAUUCAACGUUGCUCAAGGAUUGUAUCAACUAAACAGUCUUAUCAAUCCGUUUUUGUACGCCCUCUCGCAUGAAAAGUUCUAUCACUCAAUCUGGCGUGUGAUUUCAUGUUCCUCUACUUGCUGCCGAUGGAAGACAUCCCUGAACAUUCACCUUCCUCGAGCGGCCAAACCAAACGGAGUAGAGCGACCGUCUGAAGCGUCUGAGGUGAAUGGCGGAGGAGAAUGGAAGUCUCAAGGAGUCUAUAACCUUGCCUAUGAAGUCAAUACGCCAGAAGUCUCGACUAGAUUGUAACUAAAAGCAGUGGCGUA